CUCACAAUGCCCUGAUCCCAGCAGGAUCUAUAAAGAGGACCGGACAGAAGCUUUGCACCUGAUCGGUUCCGAACGUAGCUGAACAAAGUCACGAUGGGCAAGAUUAUCUUCUACGAAGACAGGAACUUCCAGGGCCGUCACUACGAAUGUAGCAGUGACUGCGCCGAGAUGCAAACCUUCUUUAGCCGCUGCAACUCCAUAAAGGUCGACAGCGGCUGCUGGGUGGCCUACGAGAAGCCCAACUACUCUGGCUACCAGUACAUGCUGCACAAGGGAGAGUAUCCCGACUACCAGCGUUGGGCAGGCUUCAACGAUUGCAUCCGCUCAUGCCGCAUGGUGCCACCUUACAACGGAAACUACAGGAUGAAGAUCUUUGAGCGUUCUGACUUUGCAGGACAAAAUAUGGAGCUGAUGGAAGACUGCCCUGAUCUCCACGAGCGCUUCCACACCCGUGACAUCUCCUCUGUCAACGUCAUGGAGGGCUACUGGAUGCUACACGAACACACCAACUACAGGGGGCGCCAGUACUUCUUGCGUCCAGGGGAGUACAGAAGGCACAGCGAGUGGGGAAGCACCAGCCCUACCUUCGGCUCUCUGAGACGUGUCACAGAGAGCAACUGAUUUAUAGCAGAUUUUCUCUCUCUUUUUUUUUUUUUUUACCCCCAUUAAGCCACACUCUUUGAAUCUUCACCCUCUUGUUUUUCUGGUGCCCGCUUUGUCGGAGCGCGGUCUCAACUGUGUGGACUCCAAACCUGCAAUGAAACACUUUAAUGACGGAGGUUUGGUCUGUCUGAUGUGGGGUUAUACACUUUGUUUGGUCGCUUUGCAUUGAAGUUAUUCUCCAGUUCAGUGCUCAAACAAAGCUCACAGAGAGUGUUGACAAUCUUUUAAGCUUUGGUUGUCCAAUCACAAAAAAAAAAA